AGCCGCCGGCUCCGACAGGGCCCGGCGUGCUCCGGGCCGCGGCUGCGGCCGCGGCCGCGCGCCCCGCCGGGGCGCGGGGGGCAGGUCGGGGACCCGACAUCAUAACCCUUGGGUACCCUUCGAGCUCGCGCUGGGUCGGGGAUGACCGGCAGCUUCGCGCUCGAGGCGGCGGACGCCGGCUUCGGCCCGGGCAGCAGUCACCCCCUGGCCCCGGCACAGGACGCCGGGGCCGCCGCCCCGGCGGUGGCCAGCGGAGCCGCGUCCGUGGCGGGCGUUCCCGCGGCGGCCGUCCAGGUGGCGGGCGGCCCACCGCCGCUCCUGGACAGUGGGCCCUUCCAGUUCCAGGUUCCGAACAUAGAGGCGCACGGCGGCGCGAUUGGGCCGCCGGGGCGGCCGCUGACACCGCUGAUGCAGGCGGGGCACCCCUCGUCGCCUGUUUGUCACAUCGCUGUCCACAUGUUGUGAUGCCUGGGAGGUUAUGAUCAGCAUCUGAGCUGGUACAUGCGCGG